AUGUCAGACUUAACACAACUUUUUGCGUGUAUUCCUCAUUCGAAAAAUCCGGCCAACAUUGAAAUCGAAUACAAUUUGGAAAUCGACAAAAUCUACGAGGAUUUGAAAAAUUCCGAUAUUCCACGAGAAGAAGACAUUGCUUAUGAUGAAAAAGGUACAGUAUCCGAAAAACUACAGUACUUUUUUCCACAGUAACCCUAUUUAAAGGUACACACACAAAAAUCGAUAUUUGGGGACCGCAAAAAACCGAAAAACUUUUGAUUAUGAUUCACGGUGGAUAUUGGUUGGUAGGUCAAAAAUUGGGCCCACAGUAAUCCUUGCAGAUUUUUCGCGCUUGUGAAAAAAGGCUACAAAUUCUACAGUAAUUCUUGCAGUUUGGCUCCCGUAAAAAGUGUCUGGCAAUCGUAAAACCUGCUCAAAAGCUAGGCUACACUGUAGCCAGUAUUGGCUACGAUUUUGCUGAUCAAAAACAUCCACUGCCCACAACUAUUGAAGAAACAAUGAGGGGAAUUGAGGUUGGUCAAAAUUGGCAACCAAAAAAUACACGUGGCGAAAAGAAGUAGCGCGAAAAUUUGAAAUUCAAAAAAAAUCAGAAAAAAAAUCACUGUUUCAAAAUUUUCCAAAUUUUUAUCAAAGCGAAAAUGUUUUAAUGAGAUGGAUGUUCUUUUCUCGAAUAGUAAAAUUUUAGCACUAAAAAUCCACGUGGCGAAAAAAGUGGAGCGAAAAUUUGAAAUUCAAAAAAAUAUGAAAAAAAUUCACUGUUUCAAUAUUUUCAUAAUUUUUGAGAACAUUUUUCGCCACGUGGAUUUUUAACGCCAAAAAAUGACCCCACAUUUUUGCAGUUCACAAUCUCCCGUUUCUCCUCGCUCAACCCAUCUUCAAAUCUUCAUAUUGUAAUUGCUGGUCAUUCAGUUGGUGCACAUUUAGCACUAAAAUCCCUGGACAAAACUUCAGCGCGAAAUUCAAAUUUUUCUACCAAAAUCCACGCAGCCUAUUUGAUCGCCGGACUUUUCGAGUUAUCCGAACUCGUCGCAACCGAUUAUGGCAGACAACUUGGCCUAACUCCGGAACACGCCCAAAUUUGUAGCUGUGAUUUAAACCAUUUAGAAAACUUCCAGAAAAUCCCAAUUUUUGCCACGUGUGGAACAAUGGAGGCUCCGAAACUCUACGAGCAAAAUAUGAAGUUCAAAAAUUUGGCUGAAAAUGUGAGGCUGAAAAUUUACGAGGGAGAAGAUCAUUUUUCAGUGCUCACUUAUUUGAAUGACGUCGAUUCGGAGAUUUGCAAAGAUUUUAUGGCAUUUUUGAGAAAUGUUUGA